CCAUUUCCUUUUGUCCCGCCAAACCUCAAGCCCUAAUUGAAACGAUCUUCUUCCCCCCUGUGUUCGAAAGGAGUUGAAGGAGAGGAUACGCUGCAAUCACCAGUUAGCUUCGCUUCCGCCCGUUUCUUCUCCUCUAGGGUUCCGCGACCGCGUCCGUCGGUGCUUCCAUCUCGCACGACAAUGGCUUUCUGGGGUGUCGAGGUGAAACCCGGUAAACCCUUCGUUCAUCCGUCAAACGUAGGGAGACAAAGGCUCCAUAUCUCACAGGCGACACUGGGGAUUGGUUCUGCCACGAACAAAAGCAUAGUUCAGUGUAAUGUGGGGAACAAGAGUCCUGUUUUUCUGUGCUCUUUGUUUCCUGACCGGGCUGAAUCGUCUCAACUAAAUUUGGAAUUUGAGGAAGCUGAGGAAGUCAUCUUUUCAGUUGUUGGCCCUCGGAGUGUGCACCUCUCCGGUUUCUACCUGGGAAGUGGUCAACAUUAUGCUGCAGAUGAUGAGUCAGAAUCGUACGGUGAAGACAUAGCAGGGACUGAUACAGAGAGAUCCAAUGAUGAAGAUGAGUAUGACGGUAGUUUCAUUGACGAUGAUGAUCCAAAAGUAUCUUCACCUUCUCCUUCUCCUUCUCCUUCGCUAAAUGAUGAUGUACAUGAGGAAUCAGAUAAUGGAAAACCUAGGGAGAGGAAAGGCAGACAAAGAAGACUUAGAAAGAAACAUCAUCCCAGUGACUCUGGUAAGGAAGGUAGUCUUGAACAGUAUAACAUUGUUGAUGACAAGGCCAAGGCACAGGCAUCAGAAAGUGAAGACGAAGAUUCAUUCUUUACAUCCUCCUUGGUUAAGAAAAAGCAUGCAGCGAAAGAUUCCAAGAUAGAUGGCCCAGAAGAGAAACCUCAAAGUGGGAUCUCUGAAGUUGGUACAAAGAUGAAGAGGAAGAGAAAUGAAGAAUUUAUAGAGUCCCCUAUUGCAGUUGAUAAGGCUAAUCCUCAUGAUAAGCUCAAGGAAAAUCAAGCCUGGCAAGGUCAUGGGAUCGCGGGUGCCAAUAACAGCGAAGCUGGUCAAGUCAAUGGUUUCUUCCUGACAUCUGAUGAGGCCACCAAUCAAAAUGCUUUGAAAAAGAAAAAGAAAAAAAACGCAAAUGAGAAGUCUCAACAAGAAGAGGGCAUUGUUGAGAGCAAUGUGAACCCAGUUGUCCCAGAGAAUUUGGCUCUUGAUGCUCAGCAAGUAACUGAUGGAGGAAAUUCUGAGAAGAAAGACGUAAAGAAGAAGAAGAAAAAGAAGGAUAGAGCCCAGCAUAGCGAGGCAGCCAUAAUAAACCAAGAGAAUAUUUUACCAGCAGACAAAAAGGUCAGGUUGGACACUGAGAUGAAAGACAGGGAUGCUGAAGAUGACUGCCGAGUUAGGAAGCUGCCAAAUGGACUAACAAUUGAGGAGCUUGAAAUUGGAAAUCCUGAUGGUAAAGUCGUUGCUCCUGGUAAAAAAAUUAGCAUUCACUAUGUUGGCAAGUUUAUGGAUAAUGGACGGGUAUUUGAUUCAACUAUCGGUGGAAAACCCUUAAAACUCUGCCUAGGUUCUGGAGAAGUUAUGAAGGGUUGGGAUGAUGGCCUUGAUGGCAUGCGGAUUGGUGGCAAAAGAAGGCUUACUAUUCCACCCUCUUUGAGCUAUGCGAAUACAGGAACCUGUCAUACAGUUCCUCCUGAUUCAUGGUUGGUCUAUGACAUUGAAGUGGUUCGCGUCCGCUAGAGGAGCCACUUUUUGUCCUGGACAUUUGGCAACGUGUAUUUAGACACUCAUUCUUUUGCGCGGGAGUGGUAGGUGCUUGCUGGUUGUAUGAUAUCCUGUUACAGGAAUUUUGUGGCAAGUAUCUGCCAAGAGUAUACCACCGACAGUUCUUAUAGGAGAGCAUCGUUUUAGACUGGUGUGCACAACUGUUGAAGACAGGAUCACGUUACAGUGCCAUUGUGCAUUUUGUGUUUA